AUGAACGCUUUGUGCAUCGCCACCACCCUGGCCGCUGUUGUCUCCACCACAAUCGCCGGUGGGAUUGGUUACGGCGUUGGCUUCGGCGGGGGCUAUGGUGGGGGCUACGGUGGGGGCUACGGCGGGGGCUACGGCGGAGGCUACGGCGGGGGCUACGGUGGAGGCUACGGCGGCGGCUACGGUGGCGGCUACGGCCUGGGAUACGGUGGAGGCCUUGGCGUUGGUGGCGUCGGUGUGGGAAGCAGCGUAGCUCUUCUCCGCGGAGGACCUGGACUGUAUAAGGCUGUGGCCGGUCCGGCUUUCUUGGUCAAGACUGUGCACCACGUGAACAAGGUUUCCGGUGGUGGAGCACUUCUCGCCCAUUCUGGCCUUGGUGGAGGCUACGGAUAUGGUGGCGGCUAUGGAUAUGGAGGUGGUUAUGGAUAUGGUGGCUACGGAGGCUAUGGUUACAAGGGGUGA